UAGUGUUGCACAGAUGCUGGUUUGCUGUAAAAAGGUGUCCGGGCUGAGUGUAGGUGAUUAGUGGAGGGGAGGAGAGGUGAGUGGGUUUUCUUAUUAGACUUGUCGGGAAGUCUCUUGAGGCACCAUGCCUACAGUGGUGGUGAUGGACGUGUCUCUCUCCAUGACCAGGCCCGUGCCAGUGGAGGGGACAGAAGAGUUCCAGCGCAAGCACCUGGCAGCACAUGGACUCACUAUGCUCUUUGAACACAUGGCCACCAACUACAAGCUGGAAUUCACAGCCUUAGUGGUCUUCUCGUCAUUGUGGGAAUUGAUGGUUCCUUUCACCAGGGACUACAACACACUGCAGGAAGCACUGAGUAAUAUGGAUGAUUAUGACAAGACCUGCUUAGAGUCUGCUCUUCAAGGAGUGUCCAAUGUGGUCCAACAGGAAUGGGGGGGAAAUGUUCCCUGCCAGGUUGUCCUGGUUACGGAUGGAUGCCUGGGCAUAGGAAGAGGAUCUCUGCAACAAUCUCUAUCAACCCUGAACCAGCGCAGUGACAGCAACCGCUUUCCUCUUCCAUUUCCUUUCCCUUCCAAACUUUACAUCAUGUGCAUGGCAAACCUCGAGGAGCUGCAGAGCUCUGAUGCCUUGGAUGCUCUGGAAAGGCUCAUUGACCUUAAUAAUGGAGAGGGUCAGAUCUUUACCAUUGAUGGCCCCCUGUGCUUGAAGAAUGUCCAGUCCAUGUUUGGGAAACUUAUUGACGUGGCGUACACUCCGUUCCACGCGGUGCUGAAGUGCGGGAACCUUUCUUCUGAUGUCCAGGUCUUUCCCAGACCCGAAUCUGUGAUCAUAGAUGAAGAGAUCGAUCCACUUCCUAAAUCUUUAAGUUCAGAACUGGAAAUCAUUGGAUUUAUUGACAUUGCGGACAUCUCCAGUCCUCCUGUCCUUUCCCGUCACCUGGUCCUACCGAUUGCUCUUAAUAAAGAGGGUGAUGAUGUUGGGGCUGGACUCACGGAUGACUUGGAGGAUGAGAAUUCUGCCAGCCAGAUAGUAGGAAAAAGUCCAAAUUUCUGUGUUCUGCUACACGGUAGCCUGAAGGUAGAGGGGAUGGUGGCCUUGGUACAUUUGGGGAAUGACUGGUAUGGUAUGCUGUACUCCCAAGCUGACAGCAAGAAGAAAUCCAAUCUAAUGAUGUCUUUGUUUGAGCUUGGACCAGAGCCCUUACCCUGGUUGGGGAGAAUGUCACAGCUUGGGCCUAUAUCUGGAGCCUGCAAAGCAAACAGGCAGAAAGACAGGACAUGCUACACACGUCCUGUGUACAACGAUGACCUACUAUUAGAUGCCAAGGAGAAUCCAUAUGGUGAAGAAGACAACAAGAGCCCAUUUCCACUGCAACCCAAGGCAAAGAGAAGCUACGCACAGAACGUAACCGUAUGGAUUAAACCCAGUGGGCUGCAGACGGAUGUGCAGAAGAUUCUACGGAAUGCCAGGAAACUUCCAGAGAAGACGCAGACAUUCUACAAAGAGUUGAAUCGUCUUAGAAAGGCGGCACUUGCAUUCGGGUUCCUGGACCUCCUGAAGGGCGUGUCUGAUAUGCUGGAGAGGGAAUGCACUCUGCUUCCCGACAACGCUCAUCCUGACGCCGCCUUCCAGCUCUCCCAUGCGGCGGCUCAACUCAAACUGGCCAGCACUGGAACCUCGGACCAUGCUUCAUUUGACCAUAACAUUGUACCUCUGCAGACGGACUUCUCUGCCCGAGGCUCCGACAGAAUAUGAAGACCUGAUCUUGUGUGACCUCCAUGGGAGGACUUCCUCCUUCCCUUCCACCAAAAUUGGUUGACUUUCCUGCAAGAAAACCACUUAAAAAAAAAAAGACCCGUGUGCGUCAACAAAGUCAGACUUCUAGGACCUGCAGCAUAAUGUUACGGGAUCAGGAUUAAGAAGCUGUUUUCUCAGAGCAGCACAUUGAUGACUAAAAUGGGGUGUGUGUGUGUGUAUAUGUAUAUAGUGACCUCCUCACACCGCUCUGCAGAUCCUAGGACUAAAAGACUUACCCGGCCCCACUUUCUGCAUUGAGGAGACUUGGGCCACUGCUAUGGGGCUCUUCUUUUCAUGUUUUGGGAGCAUUUUUGCAAGAAUUGCACUAUAUACCGAUUGGCAA